AUGCUGCUGACGUCGCCUGCCAUUGGCCCGCUGGAUGCUGACGUGGCACACAUGGAAGUCCCGCUGUGCUCCAAGUACUUUGGAGCUUUCUCUGCUGCUACAGAUGGAACUUAUGCUCCUGCUACAGCUUCAGUGCCUGCUGCUACAGCUUCGGGACAAGCUGCUGGCUUGACUGCUGCUGCUCCUGCUGCUGCUCCUGCUGCUGCUGGUGCUGCCUUUGCCGGCUCCUCACCAGGGUUUUCCCACCGCUCUUCGUCGCAAUCCCCUUCGGUUGCUUCGGGCUCCGCACCCAUAUGCAUGCACCCCUCAUUCUCCCCAUUCUCCCCAUUCUCCCCAUUCUCUGCUUUCUCCGCCUUCUCCCCAGACUCCCCCGUCUCCAUCUUCUCCCCCCUCUCCCCCUUCUCCCCUGUCUCCCGCGUUUUCUCGAAUGAUCUUCAGCUGAGCAGUGCCAUGUGCUACCACAUGCGUCUGUUCGGCAUGGCGCUGGAUCGACAAGACCUCCUGGACCAUGCUCCCAUCCUCGCCCACGCUGCUGCUGCUGCUGCAGUUGAAUCUGCUGCUGCUGCUGCUGCUGCUGCUACUGAAACUGCUGCUGCUACAGCUGGUUCAGCAGCAGCUGUCAUUACGACCGACGUUGCUGAUGCUGCUGCUGCUGCUGGUGGUACCCAUCCCACGCCCAUCAGCACCGCUGUGCGCCCCUUUGGUGCCUUCUGGACCGCAUCCCACUACUGUCUAGUGCUACCCUGCUUGGUCGAAGGAGGAAAGGAAGGAAAAGAGGGAGAAAGCGAAAGAGGAGGAGGAGAAAGAGGGACAGCAGCAGACUGGCGAGGGGCAGCUGAGGGAGGGGAGGAAGGGAGCGGGGCGAAUGCAGGCAGGGAAGGCGAAGGGGUGGAUGCAGGGAAUCGUGGGGGAGGGGAUGAUGGCAUGGGCAGGGGAGGGGAUGAUACCAUGAGCAUGGGAGGGGAUGAUACCAUGGGCAUGGGAGGCGAUGAUACCAUGAGCAGGGGAGGGGAUGAUGAUAUGAUGCGCAUGUUGAUGGGGAGGAUUGACUGGGAGACGGUGGAGAGGGUGGUGUCUCUGGGAGGCCGCAGUGCGGCCUCUCAUGGCUGUGCACGGGAUACUCAUGGUGCUGCUGCUGCUGCUGAUGGUGCUGAUGCUGCUGCUGAUGGUAAUGCAUAUGCGGAUGAUGCUGUUCCAAACAAUGCCCCUGCUACUGCAACCACGCCUCUGCUCGUGCCUCCUCGUGCCCCUGUCACCACGCCUCUUCUCAUGACUGCUCGCGGGCCUGUGAAGGAGCAUGACCUGCAUGGCAUGGCAGCAUACGCGAUGCAUUCGCAUCUGCUGUACCAAGUGGUGGGAAGGGAUCCGGAGGGAAGGACAGCACAGAGUGAGUUCGAGGGGCCGCAUGGAGGCACGUUCCAGCAGUACUUCCAGAACCAGUACAACAUAUUGCUGCAGCACCCCGACCAGCCUCUGUUUGCUGUGUGCCAGCUGAAGCCAGAGCUGCACAAUGCACUGCUGCUGCAGGCGCGGCCAAAAUUGGACCCUUGGGAUGUUUUCAACAGGGCUGUCCAAGUGGGGCGAGUGGACCAGAUGCCUGUACCUGCCAGUGCUUCAGUGGGGGUGGCUGUAGCAGACACGGCUGUAGCUGAUACAGUUGCAGCUGACGUGGCUGAAGCAGAGACGGGUGUAGCAGAGAAGGGUGUAGCAGAGAAGGGUGUAGCAGAGAAGGGUGUAGAAGAGAGGGCUGUAGCAGAGAAGGCUGAAGCAGAGAAGGCUGUAGCAGUGAAGGCUUUACCAGAGCAGACUUUACCAGAUCAGGCUGUAGCAGUCAAUGUUGCAGCUGACGGGGCUGUGGCAGACAAGGCUGUAGCAGACACGGCUGUAGCAGACACGGCUGUAGCAGACACGGCUGUAGCAGACACGGCUGUAGCAGACACGGCUGUAGCAGACACGGCAACAGCAGAGAGGGAGCAGCAGAAGCAGGAAGAGCAGGAGCAGCAGCAGAAAGGCACAGGGCAGGAGGAGGCAGCUAAGGGGGAGCAGCAGCAGGGCAGGGAGAAGGGCAGGGGGCGACAAAUAUCAUAUCUGCCUCGGGAGACAUCGUACCUCCCAUUGGAGCUACUGGUACCGGUGUUGCCCGUGCAGCACGUGCUCUUUGCCUCGCUGCUCCCCUCGCUGCUCUCCCGCCUUGACUGCCUGCUCACUGCCCGGGACAUUCGGCGGUUCGUUGUUGCCCAGUAUGGGUGUGAGCAUCAGAGGCAGCAGGCACCGCAUUUUCCUGCUAUUGAUCUCCUGCGCGCCCUGAGAUGCCCCGGCGUGGGCACCUACGAGAAUGACGAGAUUCUCGGUGACAGCUGUGUGCAGCUCGCCACGUCCUGCCACCUGUUCUCCACUCUGCUGCCACGUCAGCAGCAGAAUAACGGGCGUGGGCGUGGGCAUAAGCAGAAGCAUGGGCAUGGUCACAAGAAUGGGAACAACGGCUCAGCAUACGCUGAGAGUAUUGCCUCGAUGCCAUCACAUGCGCCACACAGCCAGUCGUCCCUGCCACCAGUCUCCAAGAGACGGCCCACUGGGCCGUCAUACGACGUCUUGAAACGGCAGUGCGUGAAGCUGGUGUCAAACAAGCACCUGGCAGCGCUGGCAGUUAAAGCCGGAGUGCCCGCCCUCGUUCGCUGCAAGCCAUUCAGUCCCACGGAUUGGAUCGGGCCCCUAGUCCCUCCCUCCCACACUGUGCUGCUUCUGGCUGACUCCCUCUCUCACUCUCUCCCCCAACCACACUCCCCCUCACACUCUCGAGCGACUACAGCUUCCCAGAACCUUCCCCCUAGCCCCAAAGCCCUUCUGGACUCCGCCUUCGCCUCGCUGGCAGCGGCGCAGCCAGCAGCCGCCGCCAAGUCAGCGCGCCGCCCAGCCAAAAAACCGCUCGCUGACGUGGCAGAGGCCUUGGUGGGCGCCAGCUGGCGGUGCGGCGGCGCUGACAUGGCGCUGCCGGUGCUGAGGUGGCUGGGCCUGCCUACGGAGGGCGUGGGGGAGCUGCUGAGGGGAGAGAUGGGUUGGAUGGGGAGAGAGGCGGAGGGGGUGGCAAAGAGAGGGGUGGUGGGCGUUGCAGCAAACCCAGAUAUGGCACUGGACGUGCCAUCAGAGGGCGUGGGAGAGCUGUUGAGGGGAGAGAUGGGGUGGAGGGGGAGAGAGGCGGAGGGGGUGGCAGAGAGAGGGGUGGUGGGCGUUGCAGCAAACCCAGAUAUGGCACUGGACGUGCCAUCAGAGGGCGUGGGAGAGCUGUUGAGGGGAGAGAUGGGAGCACGAGAAUUGGAGCAAAGGGUGAGUGGCAGCAAGCACGCAUGGGAGCAAACUAAACAGCCGUUCGAGCUGUUACUUGAGCCGCCAGAGAAGCUGCCUAAGCUUCUUGAAGGGGAAUGCGUGCAGCACCAGGAGGGGCUGACUUUUGAGUCGACUCAAAAGCAAACUAGACAUCCGUUCGAGCUGCCACUUCAGCCGCCAGAAAAGCGGCAUAAGCUGCUUGAAGGGGAAUGCAUGCAGCACCAGGAUGGGCAGCAGGAGGAACAGCAGCAGGUGCAGGGUGUGCAGGUUAUAGAAUGCUUGCAGCAGCAGCAGCAGCAGCAGCAGCAGCAGCAGCAGCAGCAGCAGCAGCAGCAGCAGCAGCUGACUUUGCCCAGCUUCCUAGAACCUUCCACCGCCAGAACGAACCCCAGGUGCCACGUGGCAGCAGCUGGCUGGCUGCUGGAGCUUCAGAAUGCGAUGGGGUAUCGAUUCAGAAAUGAGGGGAUACUGAAAGUGGCGAUUCGGGAGGAGGGGUUGAAGUGGCAGAGACGGUUUGUGUUCUUAGGGGAAGCUGUGCUGGACUUUCUAGUCAUGCACCACAAGGUGCAAGCAACAUCUGUGACGGCCCAUUCUCCUGCCGCCACGUCACCACAUGCCACGUCAUUGCACGCUGCCAUGCCAUCGCACGUUGCCACGUCAGCGCACGCCACCCGGCCGUCCCCGCACCAGUUGACGAACCUGCGCAUGGUUGUGAACAACGCGAAGCGGUUUUGCCAGCUGGCGGCGUGCCGUGGGCUGCUGCGAUUGGUGCGCAAUAUACGGCGGGCGGCGAAGGCUGCUGCCGAUGCAGCUGACUUGGCACAUGUGGCUGCUGGGGAAUCGGGAAGGGAGGAGGAGCGGAAGGAGAAGGAGAAGGAUGGGGAGGAGGACGGGAAGGAGAAGGAGAAGGAUGGGGAGGAGGACGGGAAGGAGAAGGAGAAGGAUGGGGAGGAGGACGGGAAGGAGAAGGAGAAGGAUGGGGAGGAGGACGGGAAGGAGGAAGUGGAUCUCAGCAGAGAAGGCAUGGUUGGAUCACAGAGGAUGUUACAGCAGGCUGUAAUCGAGAGAGGGGAGGCCGUGGGGAGAGGGGAGGACGUGGGGAGAGGGGAGGACGUGGGGAGAGGGGAGGCCGUGGGGAGAGGGGAGGACGUGGGGAGAGGGGAGGACGUGGGGAGAGGGGAGGCCGUGGGGAGAGGGGAGGACGUGGGGAGAGGGGAGGACGUGGGGAGAGGGGAGGACGUGGGGAGAGGGGAGGACGUGGGGAGAGGGGAGGCCGUGGGGAGAGGGGAGGCCGUGGGGAGAGGGGAGGCCGUGGGGAGAGGGGAGGCCGUGGGGAGAGGGGAGGCCGUGGGGAGAGGGGAGGCCGUGGGGAGAGGGGAGGCCGUGGGGAGAGGGGAGGCCGUGGGGAGAGGGGAGGCCGUGGGGAGAGGGGAGGCCGUGGGGAGAGGGGAGGCCGUGGGAGAGGGGAGGCCGUGGGGAGAGGGGAGGCCGUGGGGAGAGGGGAGGCCGUGGGGAGAGGGGAGGCCGUGGGGAGAGGGGAGGCCGUGGGAGAGGGGAGGCCGUGGGAGAGGGGAGGCCGUGGGGAGAGGGGAGGCCGUGGGGAGAGGGGAGGCCGUGGGGAGAGGGGAGGCCGUGGGGAGAGGGGAGGCCGUGGGGAGAGGGGAGGCCGUGGGGAGAGGGGAGGCCGUGGGGAGAGGGGAGGCCGUGGGGAGAGGGGAGGCCGUGGGGAGAGGGGAGGCCGUGGGGAGAGGGGAGGCCGUGGGGAGAGGGGAGGCCGUGGGGAGAGGGGAGGCCGUGGGGAGAGGGGAGGCCGUGGGGAGAGGGGAGGCCGUGGGGAGAGGGGAGGGCCGUGGGGAGAGGGGAGGCCGUGGGGAGAGGGGAGGCCGUGGGGAGAGGGGAGGGCCGUGGGGAGAGGGGAGGCCGUGGGGAGAGGGGAGGCCGUGGGGAGAGGGGAGGCCGUGGGGAGAGGGGAGGCCGUGGGGAGAGGGGAGGCCGUGGGGAGAGGGGAGGCCGUGGGGAGAGGGGAGGCCGUGGGAGAGGGGAGGCCGUGGGGAGAGGGGAGGCCGUGGGGAGAGGGAGGCCGUGGGGAGAGGGGAGGCCGUGGGGAGAGGGGAGGCCGUGGGGAGAGGGGAGGCCGUGGGGAGAGGGGAGGCCGUGGGGAGAGGGGAGGCCGUGGGGAGAGGGGAGGCCGUGGGGAGAGGGGAGGCUGCUGGUGGUGGCUGGGAGGCUGCUGGUGGUGGCUGGGAGGCUGCUGCUGGUGGUUGGGAGGCGGCUGGUGGUGGUUGGGAGGCGGCUGGUGGUGGUUGGGAGGCGGCUGGUGGUGGUUGGGAGGCGGCUGGUGGUGGCAGCUGUGAACCUGCUGCUGGUGGCAACACUGAUGCUUCCAGGUAUGUAAUAAAAGAAGUGUUUUGA